ACAUUUGCACAUUUAAUAAACGUGGAUGAACCAUGAUUGAGACAGCGUGUUAAAUUAAUUAUCAUUAUUAACAUUGUUUACUAUUUAUCAAUAAUAAUUAUUAAAAAUGGGUACUGAUAAAGUGGCCCAUCGUCCUAGUGCUUUGAAACAAACAAAUAAACCACACAAAACUGGAAGUCAUCGUAGCAAGGGUGCAAUAAGUGCACAAACAUGUGGUAAAACAUCUACCAAAGCUGCAUCAAAAAAAUUAAGAAAAGAACAAGGAAAAGAAGUACGUCGUUUACAAAAUAAACAAUUACGUGAAAAAAAACGUGAAGAAGUUUUUGCAAGAAAACGUAAUUUAUGUGGUUCAUUAGCACCACCAAUACUAAUAACAAUAGUACCACUUCAAGAAGAUUUUGAUAUUAAAAAAGUAUUGUCAUUAUUAACUGAAUGUGAUGAAACAGCAUAUAUUUGUCAUAGUCCACAAGGUAUAACACACAUAAGUAUACCAAGAUUUAAACAAAGAUUAAGUAUAUUAGUACCACCAAUUGGUAAUACAUUUGCUACACUUGAUGCAAUUAAAGUAUCAACAACAGUAUUAUUUGUAACAUCAGUUGUUGAUAUUAAUAAUUCAUAUCGUUCUGAUAUAAUUGAUGAUUGGGGUAGAGAAAUAUUUGAAUCAAGUAUUGCACAAGGUCUACCAACAUCAAUUGUUGCUGUAACUGGUCUUGAAACAAUACCAUUAAAAAAACGUCAUGAAAUUAAACAACAAACACAAGAUAUUAUAACAAAAUUAAUACCAGAUGAAAAAAUUAUACCAUUGGAUAAACAAACUGAUGCAUUAAAUUUAUUACGUAAAGCUGGUAAUCAAAAACAAAAAAAUAUUAUUUUUAGAACAAAAAGACCAUAUUUAUUAGCUGAAAAAGUUAAAUAUACAUCAGAUAAUGAUGAUAGUAAUAAUGGUACACUUGAAAUAUCUGGAUAUGUUAGAGGUAUGCCAUUAUCAGUUAAUGGUCUUAUACAUAUUCCUGGUUUUGGUGAUUAUCAAAUGAGUCAAAUUGAUAAAUUAAAUGAUCCAUAUCCACUUGAUAAAUCUAACAAAUCAACAACAAAUGAUGUGCAUAUGAAAGAUUUAAAUGACGAUCAAAAAGUACUUGAUAUUGCUGAUCCAAAUAAACAAGAAUCAUUAGAAAUGGAAAAUGUAAGUGAUCCAAUGGAUGCUGAACAAACUUGGCCUGAUGAAUUAGAUAUGGCUGAAGCUGGACCAUUGAAAAAAGAUAAAAAAAUUCUAAAAGUUGUACCAAAAGGUACAUCUGAGUAUCAGGCAUCAUGGAUACCUGAUGAAGAUGGUGUAGAAAUUGAAGAUGAUGAUGAUGAUUAUGAUGAUAAUAAUUCACAAGAUGGUAGAAUGUCUAUUAUUGAAGAACAAGAUGAAGAUACAGAUGAUGAUGAAGGUGAUAAUGAUAAUGAUGAAUUUGAAACAAUGACAGUAUCAGAAGCACCACCAGAUGAACAACGUUAUGAUCAAGAAAUUGAUUUUUAUGAAGAACGUGAAGCAAUUGCUAAAUUAAAAGAAGCAAAAUUAGAUGAACAAUAUCCAGAUGAAAUUGAUACACCACAAGAUCAACUUGCUAAAAUAAGAUUUCAAAAAUAUCGUGGUCUUGAAUCAUUUAGAACAAGUCCAUGGGAUCCAAAAGAAAAUUUACCAUUUGAUUAUAGUCGUAUAUUUCAAUUUCAAAAUUUUGAUAGAACACGUCGUCGUGUAUUUAAAGAAAUUGAUAAUAAACAUGCUGAUGAUGAUGAUGAUAAAUAUGCAAAACAUGGAAUGUACAUUACAAUACAUGUUAAAAAUGUAAAACAAGAAUUAUUUAAUGCAUUUUGUACAUUAAAUGAACGUCCAUUAAUUGUAUUUGGUUUACUUUUAAAUGAACAAAAAAUGUCAUUAUUAAAUGUUACAUUAAAAAGAACAAUGACAAAUGAUGAACCAAUUAAAUCAAAAGAAAGAUUAAUAUUUCAAUGUGGAUUUAGAAGAUUUUCAACAUGUCCAGUAUUUAGUCAACAUACUAGUUUAAAAAAACAUAAAUAUGUUAGAUAUUUUCAAAAUGAUGAUACUGUUGUUGCAAGUAUGUAUGGACAAAUAAUAUAUCCACCAUGUCAAGUACUUUGUUAUAAAGAAAAUAAAGAUGGUAGUUUAAAUUUAAUUGCUAAAGGUAAUGUACUAUCAGCUGAUCCAAAUCGUUUACUUAUUAAACGAGUUGUAUUAAGUGGUCAUCCAUUUAAAGUUAAUAAACAUUCAGCUGUUAUACGUUUUAUGUUUUUUAAUCGUGAUGAUAUUAAUGCAUUUAAACCAGUAAAAUUAAGAACAAAAUAUGGAAGACGUGGACAUAUUAAAGAACCACUUGGUACACAUGGACAUAUGAAAUGUGUAUUUGAUGGACAAUUAAAAUCACAAGAUACAGUUCACAUGAAUUUGUAUAAAAGAGUUUAUCCAAAAUGGACAUAUGAACCUUGUCUUUUGACCAAUGAAACAACUGAUCAUUCAACAAUGGAAACAUAAUUAAUUUACUUUGUAUUAAUAUAUUACAAAAAAUUCAAUAAAUAAUACAAUUGUUUAAUUAA